AUGGCGACCAUAGGCAGCCUUUCUGACAUACGAAAUGAGAUCUUGGGGAGUGACACUGCGAAACGAAUCGUGCUCAAAGUGAGAACUAAGCAUCUGGAUUCUCAAGACUAUCGCGCCUCAGCCAACGGAGUUAUCAGCGCGGUUUUUCCUGGCUGGGAAGAUGACCCGCGGGUUCUGCCUGUCGCUGUUGAUGUAUGGCAUAGCCGCACCUACAUUGUCGUCGACAUUAACCAUCUUGACUACGACUUCAACACGGCCCACAAAAUCAAAAAGGUCUUCCCAGUCUACAUACUCCGUCAUGGGAAAAAGCGUGGUUGGAUUCUUAUCAGAUGGCCUCGAGAGGAUGAGCCCCUUGGUGACAAAGUCAUGUAUCGGUACAACGUCCAUGGUUGGGAUGCCAAAACGCCUCUCCUAGAAGACCACCACUCAAUUAUCGUGCAUGCCAAUCCCCGCAACCUUGAUGAGCAACCGUUAUGA